AUGGUCAACCCCAGGAGCCCCGGCUCGCUUUCGCGAAAGAUUCGCAUCACCGUCGUCGCUGCCGAUGGACUGGCCAAGCGCGAUGUCUUUCGUCUCCCUGAUCCUUUCGCCAUCGUCACCGUCGAUGGAGAGCAGACACACUCCACGUCCGUCAUCAAAAAGACGCUCAACCCUUACUGGAACGACAGCUUCGAUGUCACCGUCACCGACUCCUCCGUCAUCGCUGUCCAGAUCUUUGACCAGAAGAAGUUCAAGAAGCGCGACCAAGGCUUCUUGGGCGUGAUCAAUAUCCGCGUCGCCGACGUUCUCGACCUCGAACUUGGCGGAAAGCGUCUGCUCAACAAGGAGCUCAAAAAGUCCAACGACAAUCUCGUCGUGCACGGCAAGCUCAUCAUCGACCUCAACACCAACGUCUCCACCCCCAUCAACAACAACUCCACCGCCGGCCCCACCAACCUCCUCGUGCCCGGCACAUCCAACGCCUCCUCCGCCUCGCUCGCCACUCCCUCCUCCACCGGCGCUGCUCGCUCCGAUGCCCGCCCCUCGACCUCCGCUAGCGGCACCACCACACCCGUUGCCGCAUCGGCCGCAAACGGAGACGUCGCCAGUCGACCAGCAUCGACGGCCGAUGGCGUGUCGCCCUCUACCAGUGCCACUGCCGCCGCCCCCACCGCCGCCUCGGGCACAGCUGCCCCUGCUUCGUCGGGCCCUGCUUCGGACGCCAGAUCAUCCGCCGCCCCAGCCUCCUCGGCAGCGCGCCCAGCAGGCUCGCAAGAUGCGCGAUCCGACGAGUAUGGUCCUCUGCCCACUGGCUGGGAGCGCAGGACCGACCAUCUCGGCCGCACCUACUAUGUCGAUCACAACACGCGCUCCACAACCUGGACCCGCCCUUCCACCAGCUCCAGCGCCAACACGGCCGCCGCCGCCAGCACCACCGCUGCCGAUCGUCAGAGGCACAGCAACCGAGCCUUGGCCGACGACUUCCUCGGCGUCAGCGAUGGCGAUACCUCCCGCUCCUCGGCGACUGGCUCGGCCAUCGCCAGCCCUGGCGCUGCCGUCGCCGCCAACUCGCUCCCUGCCAGCUCGAGCACCACGGCUGGCAACGGCCCGCUUCCCGCCGGCUGGGAACAGCGUCACACUCCCGAAGGCCGACCCUACUUUGUGGAUCACAACACCCGAACCACCACCUGGGUCGACCCGCGACGACAGCAGAUUCUCCGAAUCAUGGGCCCCAACGGCAGCAACCUCACCGUGCAGCCCCAGAGCGUCUCGCAGCUCGGCCCGCUGCCCAGCGGCUGGGAGAUGCGUCUCACCUCGACUGCACGCGUCUACUUUGUGGACCACAACACCAAGACCACCACCUGGGACGACCCGCGACUGCCUUCGAGUCUCGACCAGAACGUGCCUCAGUACAAGCGCGACUUCCGUCGCAAGCUCAUCUACUUCCGCAGCCAGCCUGCGCUCCGUCCGAUCCCUGGCCAGUGCCACAUCAAGGUGCGCCGCACGCACAUCUUCGAGGACUCGUACGCCGAGAUCAUGCGUCAGCAGCCCAACGACCUCAAGAAGCGUCUCAUGAUCAAGUUCGACGGCGAGGACGGUCUCGACUACGGCGGUCUGUCGCGAGAGUUCUUCUUCCUGCUGUCGCACGAGAUGUUCAACCCCUUCUACUGCCUCUUCGAGUACAGCGCGCACGACAACUACACGCUGCAGAUCAACCCGCACUCGGGCAUCAACCCGGAGCAUCUCAACUACUUCAAGUUCAUCGGCCGCGUGCUCGGCCUCGCCAUCUUCCACCGACGCUUCCUCGACGCCUACUUUAUCGUGUCGUUCUACAAGAUGAUCCUCAAGAAGAAGAUCACGCUGAGCGAUCUCGAGUCGGUGGAUGCCGACUACCACCGUUCGCUUCAGUGGAUGCUCGACAACAGCAUCGAGGGUAUCGUCGAAGAGACCUUCACCGCGGUCGAGGACAAGUUUGGCGAGAUGGUCACCAUCGAGCUCAAGAAGGGCGGAGAGGAGGUCGAGGUGACGGACGAGAACAAGAAGGAGUACGUCGAGCUCAUGACCGAGUGGCGCAUCAGCAAGCGCGUCGAGGAGCAGUUCAAGGCGUUCAUCAGCGGCUUCACCGAGCUGAUUCCGCAGGAUCUGAUCAACGUGUUUGACGAGCGCGAGCUCGAGCUGCUCAUCGGCGGCAUGUCGGAGAUCGAUGUGGACGACUGGAAGAAGUUCACCGACUACCGUGGCUUCACCGAGCAGGACCAAGUGGUGCAGUGGUUCUGGCAGUGCGUGCGCGCAUGGCCCACGGAGAAGAAGUCGCGUCUGUUGCAGUUCGCCACGGGCACAUCCAGGAUUCCCGUGAACGGCUUCAAGGAUCUGCAGGGAUCGGAUGGACCGAGGCGCUUCACGAUCGAAAAGUCGGGCGAUGUGAACCAGCUGCCCAAGUCGCAUACGUGCUUCAACCGCAUCGACCUGCCGCCCUACCCGUCGUUUGAGACGCUCGAGAGCAAGCUUGCGCUCGCCAUCGAGGAGGGCAUGGGCUUCGGAAACGAGUGA